AUGGCAAUGCAACAGCAGAGCGAAUCACAACAGCCCUCAGCUGUUUCUGAGGUUAGUGAAACAUUAGACGCCAGCUUAACUGAAGUAGUGCCUAGCGGCAGCAUUAAUCAGCCCCCACAACAAAGCUUAAGUGUUUUGAUGUCAUCUGAGCAGGACGAAAUAAACCCAUUGACUGUAAUCAUGCAACAGUUAACACUGUUAGCCAAAAAUGUAACAGACUUAACUAAAGCGGAAAUAGAGACUAAAAGGGAAAUGAAUGAACAAUUAGAAGCCAAUCAAGUGAAAGUAGAACAAUUAGCAGCCAAUCAAGUGAAAGUCCAGGAGCAAUUACUAGCUAAUCAAACAAAGUUGAAUGAGCAAUUAGAAGCUAAUCAAGCAAAAUUAAAUAAUAAAUUAGUAGACAGUUUUCAGAAACUUGAUGAUAAAUUAAAUAAAGCUGCGGAAGAAUUGAAAAUUCAGAAUGAAAAGACAGACUUAAAAUUAGCUGCUCAAAUUGAGCAAGUCACUCAGCAGUGUAACGAAAUUGCAAGGAAGUUACGCCUAGAGCUAACCGAGUAUGUUGCUACUAAGCUUGAUACUAUUAAAGAGCAGGUUGAGUCAAUCCCACAAAUAGUUCAAUCACAACAACAGAUGCAAUGUUCUAUGGUGGUAAUUCUGGUAUUAGUUGAAGUUCAAGAUGAAUUAAAGCAACAAGUAAAUGAAAUGUCAGCAGAUAUGCAGGAUUUGAGACAAUCACAAGACAAGAUUCCGAAGGACAUCCAAAAUUUGGAUAAAUCCAUAAAUAACAUAAAGGAGAGACAAGACGAGGUUGAUCAUAAGGUAAAAUUUCUCGCGGGAAAAUUCUCGGAGUUAAGUUUGGAAAGGCAAAGCAUUUCUUCAGACAGUAUUGAACAUAUGGUUGGAGCAGCUAUACAAUCUAUAACUGAGAGUUCUGAAAAAAAUUUAGUUAAUAAAGGUUUGCGAGAAGCCAGAGAACAACUAGGCAAUGAACUUAAACAAUGGAAAGAAAACAUUGAGAGAUCUUUAAAGCUAUCUCGAGAAGACUUGCGUUCCACGCAAGGAAAUGAACCCAUAACAAGAUCUAUCAAUGAAGCUACAUUAUUUAACCGAUCAAGUACAGAAAGGGACAUUAAUGCACACGACUUAGAAGCUCUUGAUACUGAAAUUGUAAAGAACAAAUCUAUUCCAUCAUUGUUUGGACCUGCAUCACAGUUUCCGAAUUUAGUUGGAGACUACAAAUUACAACAGCUGGAUACAGACUAG